UUACGGAAGCCCGGAAGAACUGAGGGCUAUUUCCACCUCGAGGAAGUUAGCGGCGGAAACCGGGUUAGCGGUGGAGAAGAGGUAUUGGAGACCCAAUGGCGACUGUGGAAGCUAGCGGCAGCGAUGGGCAAGGGGUCGAGACCUCCGUCACCUAUUACCGGUUGGAGGAGGUGGCGAAGCGCAACUCCUCGAAAGAGCUAUGGCUGGUUAUCCAUGGCCGAGUCUACGAUGUCACCCGCUUCAUGAACGAGCAUCCUGGUGGAGAAGAGGUUCUGAUGGAACAGGCUGGUAGAGAUGCAACUGAAAGCUUUGAAGAUGUAGGCCACUCCUCUGAUGCCAGAGAAAUGCUCAAGCAGUACUAUAUUGGUGAUGUGCAUCCGAAUGACCUUAAAUCUGAAAGUGGCAAGGAGCCUCCGACAAGUGGCGUGUGCAAAAGCUACUGGUCAUACUGGAUCUUCCCCAUCCUGGGCGCCAUCCUCUUAGGUUUUCUCUAUCGUUACUACACGGCGGCGGAGAGCAAAUCCUCCUGAGGAGACUUUGUUGACGUCGGGAAAGCACAUCCACUUGGGAGCAAGAACCACAGACUCGAUUGGAGGCUGCGGCUGUGCCCUCUUCUCGAAUACUGCCAAUUAUAUCCUCCCCCUCGGAGCCCAGACUGUUGGCCAGACAUCCGCCUCAGCCCUGGGGCCAGUUGCGAAGUCAUUUCUCAGAGCCUUACUCUCAAAGCACCUGCUCAUUGUUCUGCGUCUUUGCCAUUGUUUCCUCUCUUCAUGGUUUCCACGAGCACCCUUGUCUUUCAAAACUGUGUUUUAUAACCAGAGUCCGCACGUCCUCGAGACACUGCCUUUUGGUGUCAUUGCCUGCUUUCCAGUACUUUGAACGCACAUUAGACCUUCUUAAUGGGGCAGCCCACUCUGGUUUUGAAGCUUUUCUUUUUCCCCUUUUGUUUUAAGUAAAUAGUAUCUUUUAAAUUAUAACUUCAUUCUAUCGUUUAUCAUUGGAGGUUUCACUCAUGAUGUCAAGUUCCACACCUGUGACUUAAAACACAACUGCAGGAUGAUCCCAUUCCUUGUUUAUAUUUGUUAAAAUUGAGCGAGCGUGGCAGGGAGGUCUUGUCACCCCCUUAGGCCGCCAAAUGGUGCUGGGCAGAAAGCUGCCUCCCUCCUGUUUAUUGGGAGUGGAGAGAACUGGGAACGGGAGGGCUGAACUGGGAUAAUAAGCUGAAUUUAAUCUUUCUUUUGAAAAAUAAUCGAGAGACACUACUUGAGGACAGGCAUUUAGAAAAAGCACCAAAAACUUCAUCCUUUAUUUGGGUUUCGCACCAAUUCCCAGCCAUCUCUUUUCUUUUCAUUUUUGGCCUCACCCUCAGCAUGUGGAAGUUCCUGGGCCAGGGAUCUAACCCACCCCAUGGCAGCAGUAACAACACUGGAUCCUUAACCUGCUGCGCCACAUGGGAAUUCCUUCUUUCCUUUAAAACCCCUUACCAUCUUUUAUUGGUAAAAUAUAAACUUAUAGUUAUGCCCAUAGAGCUUUACAGUUUUAUUAAAGGAUUUUCCUGUUUUUUUUUGUUUAUCCAUUAGCCGACUUUUUUUUCUCCAGUUUACAAAAGGAAGAGACUCCGAAUGAGUGAAAGAUUGAGUGGUUUGAUCUUCUGAUUGCCCCAGUACAGUAACUUCCACGGAAAAGUGGCAGAGGGAAGGCAGAGAGCAUGACAAGAGAAUGUUUUUCAUUUCAUCUGUAUUUUACCUCCAUGGUUCCAAUUUGUGGUUUUGUUGUUUUUCCACAGAGAAUAAAAAAGCUAGCAGUUUUUUCUUUUUUCUUUUUUCUCUUGGAAGACUGUCUCAUUGAGGAGUAGGUUCUUAUUCCUCCUCGGUUCAGGAAUUUCUCUGGCAUAUUUAACUACCUUUUCCCCCAUGGAAGCACCUGGGGAGACAGUCCAUGGGCAGUUUUCUGCCUCCCACUGUGGUGACUUUUUUCCCCAUCCUUUGAGGGUCACCAGCCUGCUCUGAGCCAUUGUCACGGGCAGCAGGGAGCAGCAGGCAGUUCAGGAAGGACCACAGGCACUGUUCAGCAUCUCCUCCCCCCUUCAGCCUGCCAGGGACUUGACAGGGCAGGAAGGUACACAGAAUACCAGUGUCUGCCCCUGCAAACUAUUUAAGAAGUUCAACCUGGGUCUUAUAACCUGUGAUUUAGCAGUUGAGUGACUUUGGAAUUCAUAAAAAUGACAUUGACCUGGUUCUCGCACACUUGGUCAUGACAUAAUGGAGUAAUUUUAGGGGGUUUCUGGCUGACUUUUAUGUCAGGGAUAUGGGUAAAGUUUUAAAGCUUUUAUCUUUAGAAAAUGUUGCAAAUGGAUUAUAAGAUGCCACUUUAAGACAGUCUAUUGAAGGAAAAAUCUUUGGUGUGUAACGGAAGUGGUGUGGCUUUUGAUGCUCCUAUUUGAAGGCAAGGGAGGGUUGCUUUGAAUAAAAAUUGAUAUGUAAUUGCUGUGAUGAUUAAGUUGCAUGAUCACAUGGGGCCACCCUGAGGUAGAAAGGACAAAGGAGUAUUGAGGAGCUGGAAAGGGAGCAUUCAGGCUGAAACUAAGCCAGAAGAUAACUUGGGUCAAUUAAAAGUGUGUUGGCAGUCCCCAAAACGGAAUGAAAAACAUCUGGCUUAGAAGAAACGUUAAAGAAUGAUAUUUGUAAGUAAAAUGUGUGUUUUUGAUAUUUUUAGGGUAAAGAUCAAUGCAAAAGAUAGGCUUUUCUAUUUCAUAUGGGUUGUCUUUUUCCUGUUUAUAUGGGGACUUGUUUUUAUUCAGAGCCAGAGGAAAAGAUUUUCAGACUUGGUCUCACCAUCCAUGAAAUCCAUCCAGUACCCAGGGCUUCUUUUCAUCUGUUGCUAAUGUGAUGUCACUUUGUAUUAUAAAAACCACUUGUAGGUCCAUUUACUAUUUUCCUGCUUCCUACAGAAACAGCCAGGUGAAAGGGAGAGCUUGUGUGAGAGUUUGCAGAGGUUUUUCUAAACAAUAAAGUAAUACAGUAUGUGAGCCAAAUCCAUCAAAAAGGACUUUUGUUUUAAGAAGUAGACUCAAGUUCUCGAGAAACAGUCUCAACUUUGCUAGGUUGUGAAUCCUGCCUGGAGAGCCAGUGGAGCCAGUCCCUGCUGGAUGGCGGAGCCUCCUGGGGGGGUCUCUGGGGUGUUUGGCUGUUUAUUCCCAAGGAGGACUCAGUGCUGCCACCCACCGUUCUGUACUUGUAAUGGCUGCUGAUCCCAGGGAGAAGGUGAGGGGAACUGACUGCCCCCCAAAUGGGGAUGCUAGUUCGGGGGCCCGAAUGUCCUUGCCUCUGUCUCUCAGAAUUGGUUUUGGUUUCUUUUUUGUUUUGUUUUGUUUUCUUUUCUUUUUUUUUGUUAUUGUUGUUUGGUUUUGGUUUCUAAAUGACUUACAUUUGUAAAGACAGGAAAGUGGUGGGGACAAAGUUUAUAUAUACUGUGUUUAGUUCUUAUGUGACCACUUGAGCAGAAGCAAAAAUGCAUUGGAACCUAUCAUUUGAGCCUGUGAAGUUCUUUGAGCAGUUGUCAUGAGGCCCAUGUUGGGAAAUAAGAACAUUGUUGAGUGUAUACUCAUUCAGUUCCCAUGGGGAGCAAUGAAAAAAUGCUUUACAGGCCAGCUAUGUCAUUACUUAUGUUGUAUCUCAUGCUUAAAAUCUCAAGCGAUAUCUCUCUGAUUAAAUUCCAGUUUAGAAAUGUACACCAUUAAUGCUCAUUACUUCUGAGGGAGAAAUGGAUUCAGACCUGUUGCAACAGGAGGUUAACACUUUUUUUUUUUUUUUAACCAUCUUAUUCUUUUGCCAGAUAUCACAAAAGUAAUGGGGAAGUUAGUCCCGUUUGGCUCUUGUGCUCUGAAAAAGCUGGGUUUGGAACUUGUGGGAGUGCUCCCAGCGGGAGGUUCCAAGAAGCAGAGAGGUUGUCAAGUUACCCACCCUACAUCCAGCCUGUCACUCGAGAAUUUUCAGAGCUGCACGUUGCCUGCACCUUUUUUCUACAUUGGCUAUUUUGGCAAAACAUGACUAUGAUUAUCCCCCCCCCCCACUUUUUUUUAACUUCACCCUCAACUAUGAGCAAGUAAUAUUAACAUUCCUUUUGUGUAUUCAAUAAUGGAGUUUGUUUACCUAUUUUAUUUCAGCAUAUUUUGAACAAAGAUCUUUGUCUCUUUCUGCUGGAAUGUGCACACAGUGAAUGUUUGUUAGAACGACACACAAUAAAGAUACUGUUUUCCUUUU